AGCGGGCCGGCGUUGCGUCAGAUCAGUGGAGUUCAUUGAUCCCGUAAAAAAACACGCUGGGAGCUUCCAACAUUACACAAAUAAUCCACAGAACUUUCUAGAUUUGUGAAACAGAAUAAAUAUUAUUAUUAUUUUAAUAGUGAGAAUAAACUGUAAAGUGGACUACUGGUGUGGACUACAUUUCAGAUGAUGGACUCUGUCACAGGAUUGAUUACUGAGGCCUCAGGGGGCGGAGCUCAAGCGGAUGAGGGCGUGGAGGAAGGGGGCGGAGUCAGAAGGCAGGUCCCUCACGUUGAAAUGAAGCUGGUCCCGCUGGAGGAGGGGUCAGAGGUCAUGCUGAACAGUGACAUCACUGCCAUGAUGAACCGCAGGAAAGCAGCCGUCUACCUCACACUGAUCGGCCUGCUGAUAUUCUGCACAGCGUUCCUGCUGGGAUACGUGGCGUUCCGUGGGAUGUGCCAUCUGUGUGUGGACGAGGGGGAUCUGAUUCCUCUGAACGACGCGGCGGGAGUGGACCACUCGCCUGAGGGAGGGGUGCUCUACAUGUCCGAACUCAGAGCCAUGCUGAAGAAAUACCUGAGGGAGGAGCGCAUCGAGAGCACACUCAGGCGCGUGAGCCGGGCGUCUCAUCCUCCGGGAUCUUCAGAAGGGAACGCUUUGGCCCGGGAAAUCCUCCAGAACCUGCAGAACCUCGGCAUGGACCACACCUGGACCGACUCGCACUACGCCACGCUGCAGUUUCCCUCCAGGACGCAGCGGAACACUCUCUGGUUUGUCGAUUCUGAGGGGGCGGAGCUUGAAGAGAUUCUGUUAGACAGCGAGGGAUACUGCGCCUACAGCGCCACGGGAACAGCCACGGGAGGCGUGGUGUACGUAAACUACGGGCGGCGGCAGGACUUCGAGGAUCUGCGAGCGCUGGGCGUUUCCCUCAACGGCUCCAUCGCUGUGGCGCGUGUGGGCGGAGCCGUGAGCUUCGCUGAGAAGGUGUGGCUUGCGCAGGAGGCGGGGCAUGUGGGCGUCCUAAUUUACCCCGACCCCGCCGACGUACCCCAGGAUCCACGCCGACUCGGUCUCCAUAGCAACGUCGUCAUCUCCGAACACGUGCACCUGGGCUCCGGCGACCCCUUCACACCUGGAUUCCCCUCGUUUAACCACACACAGUUCCCAGCCACCCAAUCCUCAGGCCUGCCAAUCAUUCCUGCUCAGCCAAUCAGUGCCAACGUCGCUUCCAAACUGCUGAGUCAGCUGUCCGGAGCCGACUGCCCGCGGGGUUGGCAGGGCCGGUUGCCGUACGUUCAGUGUGUUCUGGGUCCGGGCUUCACGGGGCCCGGCGAGCGCAGGGUAAAGAUGGCCGUCUACAACACCAUGAAGCCGGUUCUGCUCAACAACAUCUUUGCCUCCAUAGAAGGAAAAAUCGAACCCGAUCAUUACAUCAUCAUCGGGGCCCAGCGGGACUCUUGGGGCCCCGGAGCCGUGAAGUCUGGAGUGGGAACGGCCCUCCUGAUGGAGCUGGCCAGAACAUUCAGCAACAUGGUGGAGAACGGCUUUCAGCCCAGACGCAGUCUGCUGUUUGUCAGCUGGGAUGGGGGAGACUUUGGGAAUGUUGGCGCCACUGAAUGGCUGGAGGGUUACCUGACGAUGCUGCACCUGAAAGCUGUGGCGUAUUUCAGUCUGGAUCAGGCCAUCCUGGGUGAUGAUAACCUCUCGGUCUACACCAGUCCUCUGCUCGCCAAUCUCAUCGAAGGAGCCAUUAAACAAGUUGAGCAUCCGAAACACACGGGCCAGUCGAUCCUGUCUCUGGUGCAGCGCCAGGGCAGCUGGAGGAACAUAGUGAAGCCGUUGUAUCUGAACAGCGGCGCCUACAGUUUCACCGCGUUCGGGGGAGUUCCUGCCAUGCAGCUGCACUUCAACGAGGACGCACGCUCGUACCCGUUCGUGAACACUCAUCUGGACAGCGUGGGGCGUCUGCAGGAGCUUCUGCAGGGUCGUCUGGACUCAGUGGGUCGAGCCGUCGCUGAGCUCGUGGGUCUGAUGGCGCUGAAACUUUCCCACGAUCACAUUCUCCCGCUGGACGUCACGUGUUACAGCAGCUCCGCUCAGCAGCUCAGCGCUACGCUAAACCAGCACACCGCGCAGCUACAGUCUCGAGGGUUGUCUGCGCAGUGGGUGUUCAGCGCUCGAGGCGACUUCAGCAGAGCGGCCAAAAACCUGCAGGAGGCCAUCAGGAACAGCGACGUCCAGGACGAGAGGCUGGCCCGCCUCUACAACACGCGCAUCAUGAGGGUGGAAUACUACUUCCUGUCGCAGUACGUGUCUGUGGUGGAGACGCCGUUCCGUCACGUGUUCCACGGGCGCGGCGAUCACACUCUGAGCGCACUAGCGGAUCAUCUCUCGCUCCUGCGCUCGGACCCGCAGAUGUUCGACGAGGCCCGUUUCCGCCGCCAGCUAGCGCUCUUCACCUGGACGCUACAGGGCGCUGCUAACGCGCUUAGUGGAGACGUCUGGAACAUAGACAACCCUCUCUAGAGCUCCGCGUGAGCGUUAGCGCUAGCGUUAGCAUUAGCGUUUAUUUAUCCAGCUGACCCAGAACAGUCAGUCUAAUUUCAGGGAUAUUCUACAACGCUUAACAUAAAGGUGACACAUUAUGCCCUUGCUUCAUUAAGUAUGCGUGGUUCUAUGAAUAUGCAAAUUAGCCCCGCCUCCAUUCACUCACUCAGCUCAGAGAUCCUGAUUGAUCUGAAGCGUCUUAAAAACACGUUGGAUUUACUCCACAGGGGGACUUUAAGUUUAUGAUCAUUUUAAGAAAUGAAUAUGAAUUAGCUUACUCAAAUAUUUUAAGUUGAGAGCAAUUAAAAUGAGUACAAGAUAAAAAUCUUGAAAGAUCUUAACUUGAUGUAACUGAUUACCUCACACUUAUUUGGGUUUACAGUAAUACAAGUUGAAAGACAAAUAAUUGUACAUUAUGCGUUUUCUCCCCCUUAGAAACAGGCUGAAUGUAGCAGGACACAAGAACAACUAUAUAAACAGACAAGAGCCCAGAAUAUUAACGCAAAGCACUAAAUUGCACGUUUAGCCUCAUUACGGUGAUAUUAAGACCAAAUUUGAUAGCUUAUUAAAAAAACAUACAAAGUACAAGCAAAGCUCAAAGUUCAACGUUUAGCGUUGUAGAAUAUCCCGAAUUGUAUUGCAUUGCUUCUGGUUCAGAGAGUAUUUUCAUAUCUGCUCAACUGUGAUUUACUAAUGUUAUUUUUCGUCUCUUCCGGUGAUCAGUUAUCUAAGCGGCCACUGGAUAUCUCCUCGUAAUUUACUUUGUUAAUUAACAGUUAUGAUUGAGAAGAGAUUAUUUUUUAUUACCGAGUGAUAAUGAGACUCUUAUGAAUGUGAGCUGUAAUUAUCGGGAGCAGAGACUCUCAUAAUUAUGACAGUCAUACUGUCGUCCAAUCAAGAAGCAGCAUCUGCUUUUAAUCAACUUUAUGAUGUCACAUGACCCCGCACUCAGACUGUGACAUCAUUGUAGUCACGCCAUGCCGUCAUUACUGUACUUGUGAUGUUCCAACUUGUAAAAAGCAUUCACGUCCUCAUAGUACUCGUAAUUGUAACUUGUAAACUUCAACUUGAAUCACAUGACCGCUGUAACGCAUUGAUAGUGUUAUAGGAUCGGAUCAUUUGUGGAUGCUCCGAGUAAAUUAUCAUGUGUUGUCAUCUCGAAAUUAUGGUAAUUACGACAUGGAGCGACGCAACAUUUUACCUGUAGAUCAGGUGCUUCUCAUGUUAAACUUUUCAGUCUGGAUUGAUGUGUUGAGAAACUGUCUGUCACCUAUUGGAGUCUGAAGGGAUUUACAACAUAUGCUGUAUAGUGCAUUUCAAUAAAAAAAAAUACCAGUUCACAAA